ACCCUACCUCAGCGUACCCAUCAAGCCUGCGCUCGACACCGGCGAACAGCGCUCCACCACCCACCAUGCCGUCUCUCCUCCUGGUCAUGUUCGUCCUGCAGACGGUGCUGCACAUCAUCAACACCGUGGGCGCCAGCACGAUCAACGAGCUGCUAUGGGUUCUCUACAACAAGCUGCCUACCCCGACCUCCUCCUCCGCACAGCGCGUGCAGAUCCUCAAGCGCGAAAUUGUCCGUCUGAAGCGCGAGCUAGCUGCUACGUCGCCGCAGGACAACUUCUCGGGCUGGGCGAAGCUAGACCGCCAACACAACAAGGCCACGGCCGAGUACCAGAAACUGGACGCCUCCCUCCGCACGCACCAGACCACCUUCACCAGCACCGUGUCGACCCUCCGCUGGCUCGGCACACAGGGCGCGCGCUUCCUGCUGCAGAUGUACUUUGCGAAGUCGCCCAUGUUCUGGGUACCGGCGGGAUGGGUGCCGUACUAUGUUGAAUGGAUUCUGUCGUUCCCGCGGGCGCCGCUGGGCAGCGUGAGCAUCAACGUGUGGGGCAUCGCGUGCGCGAGCAUGCUGGCGCUGGUGUCGGAGGCGGUCGCGGCGAGUUAUGUGCUUGCGACGAAGAAGGCGGUGCCGGUGGGAGAGAAGAAGGGGGAGCCGAUGGCGUUCGAAGCACAGCCAAAAGGCGGCGCCGGGAAGGGUGCGGCGAGGGAGAAGGAGCUGUAAGAUGGUUCAGUUCACGCGCGUAGACACAGACAUGGCGUCUAUCACGCACGACAUGCAUAUGCAUCUC